AUGGCUCCGCCGGGCCCGUGGCUGCUGCUGGCCGCGGUUCUGUGCGCGGCGGCGGCGGCGGCGGCGGUGUCCGAGCCCCGGUGCCCGUCGUGCCCGGCGGGCCCGGAGCGGUGGCUGCUGGAGGAGGUGGCCAAGAAGCAGCUGCUGGAGAAGCUGCGGCUCCGCGAUCGCCCGCGGCUCGCCCACGCCGUGCCCCGCGCCGCCGUGACCCGCGCCCUGCGGCGGCUGCAGGCGGGAGGCGCCCGCCGGGGCCCCGGGGCUGCCGGCAGCCAGGAGGAGGAGGAGGAGGAGCAGAGCUACGAGAUCAUCAGCUUCGCGGAGACAGAUCUCACCUCUCCCCCCAGUUUGGGGCUGCAAUUCCAGUUCAGCCAAGCGCAGGAGCAGGACCUUCUCCUCCUGCAGGCUCAGCUCUGGCUCUACCUGCGAGUUCCCCGCUCCGGCCUCACCCUGAGGAUCUUCCUGGCCUCCAAAACCGCGGCUGGGGCUGGGGGCAACCGCACUCUGCUGGCGGAGAGGCGGCUGAGCACGGCGGGCAGCGCCUGGAGCUCCUUCCCCCUCCUGCCGGGGCUCCAGAGCUUCUUCUCCGCGCACAGCCGGACCCUGCGGCUGGAGCUGGACGGCAGCGAUGGCACGGCCCAGCUCAACGCCAGCUGGUCCCACCAGCCCUUCCUGGUGGCCAAGGUGAAGGUGAGGGAGCCCGGGCACCGCGUGGCCAAGCGCAGCCUCCGCUGCAGCCAGAAUUCCGACCUGUGCUGCCGCAAGGAUUUCUACGUGGAUUUCCGCGACAUCGGUUGGAACGAUUGGAUCAUCAAGCCCGAGGGCUACCAGAUCAAUUACUGCGUGGGCCAGUGCCCUCUGCACGUGGCUGGCAGCCCUGGCAUGGCCUCCUCCUUCCACACGGCCGUCUUCAACCUGGUCAAAGCCAACAAUGUCCAAGCUUCGGGGCAUUCCUGCUGCGUGCCCACGCGGCGCCGCCCGCUCUCCGUGCUCUACUUUGACCGCAACAGCAACAUCGUCAAGACCGACAUCCCCGACAUGAUCGUGGAUGCUUGUGGUUGUAGUUAG